AUGUGUGGGCGAUAUGCUUUGGGUGUGCGCUUGGCGUACAUGCGACAGCAGCUAGAAGACAGGGGCAUGCAAGUUGAUGACGCACCAGAAGACGAAGACAUUCGAGAAACAUUCAACUUUGCUCCCGGUAAUUUCGGCGCUGUCUAUCGAGCAGACAUUCCUGACAGGGGCCAUGACCACCGGGAAGCUCCAAACGAGGGCCGGCAUAAUGAACAUGAAGCAUCAAAGGAAGAACAACCGGAAAAGCAUCAAGAUGAAUCAGAGAAUAUCAAAUACAAGAUCCAAAGUAUGAAAUGGGGUCUGAUUCCUUUUUGGACCAAGCGUUCGCCAGACUAUGGCUCCAUGAUGCGUACUAUCAACUGCCGAGACGACUCAUUAAUCGAAGACCGGGGAAUGUGGACGACCAUGAAGCGAAGGAAGCGAUGCAUUGUCAUAUGUCAAGGUUUCUACGAAUGGUUGAAGAAAGGACCGGGUGGCAAGGAAAAGAUUCCUCAUUUUGUCAAGCGAAAGGAUGGAGAUUUGAUGUGCUUUGCGGGACUAUGGGAUUGUGUGCAAUACGAGGAUUCAGAUGAGAAACUUUACACUUACACUGUCAUCACAACCUCGUCGAAUCCUUACCUUGCAUUCCUACAUGAACGCAUGCCUGUUCUUCUAGAACCUGGCUCGGAAGCAAUGAAGACAUGGCUUGAUCCCAAGCGAACGACAUGGUCGAAAGAGUUGCAGUCUAUUCUUAAGCCAUACGAAGGCGAACUAGAAUGCUACCCCGUCGCAAAAGAAGUCGGCAAGGUCGGGAACAAUUCUCCCGACUUCAUUAUCCCAGUCAACAGCAAGGAGAACAAAAACAAUAUCGCCAAUUUCUUCAGCAACGCUAAAAAAAGGGAAGACGGCCCCAUCGCCGGCUCAGGAGUCUCUCCGAAGAAGGAAUCCGUGUCUCCGCAGCCAAAAUCCGAAGAUGGCAAUGGCUUAGAGACACUUGAUAAGAAAGGUAUCAAAAGGGAGCAUAGUACGCCGAGCACUGAUGAACACAAUAAGAAGCAGAAAACCAUUGAAAGCACAACCUUACCAUCGCCGUCGAAGUCGAAGAUGCGCAGCGCCACUCGCAAUACACCUAAGAAAAAGUCUGGUCCAAUAAAAUCGACCGGUGGAUCACAGAGGAUCACUAAUUUUUUCAAAUAA